AAACGAAUUCGUCCAAUUUUCCCGAUAUCAAUAGUUCAGAAAUGGAAUGCGGCUCUGCGGCCUCAGCCUAGUGUUGUUCAGGGAAGAAAAAAAAAAAAAAAAAAAACCCUAACCUCGCGCGAGGAAGAAAAGUAGAAAACCCUAGAGUUCACAGUGAGUGAGAGCAUGAAAUCCAAAGGAAAAGACCGACUAAGCUCACUUCCUGACUCUAUUCUCACAGAAAUUCUCUCCCUCCUCCCAAUCAAUUCUGCUGCUGCGACUUCCGUCUUAUCUCACCGAUGGCGCCACCUCUGGACCGGUGUCACCCGCCUCAAAUUCAAGUUCGAGUCGGAAGACCGGGAAUUCUCUACCGUUACCGACCACAUCAUGGGGAAACUCACCUCUCCAAAACUCACCGUCUUUGAUGUGUAUGUGUAUGUGGAUGGAGAUGUGGCAGAAUCGACGUUUCAUGAAAUUUGUCGCCGGAAUGUCGAAGAAAUUAGGGGUAGCAGAUGAUCAAUGAGUCAUCAAAUUACUAAGCUCGCUCGUAAUAGUAGUUGAGAAGCAGUUGGUGAAUGGCUCCUCGAUGAAUUGAUGAUAGCUUUCUGUAGAAAGCCUAGUUUAUGUUGACGUUGUGGACGACUCUGAAAGUGCAGAACUGUGUCUGAGUUGUUCCACUUUUCUGUCAGCUAAUUAACUCAAGUCAAAGAUCUGGUUCUUGCCGAAUUUGAAGCAUUGGAGAUGAUAACAACAUGUCAACAACGUUGGCUAAAGAUGCAAAACCAUCACAUAAUAGAGCCACAACCAAAGUGGAGAUAUUUCACUACUACUACUCCGUAAUAUUUACUAAAUAUGAUAACUUUUUUCCCAUCUGAAACAUUUAUCACCUUCAGUAUAGAGAAAGGACAUGAAAGUGUAGGAAGAGUUACAAAAUCCUGUUACCCUGAUAUGAGAUCUUCGGUAUCUCGGAUGGGAUAAUGGGAAAAAAUGAGACAGAGGGGCGUCUUGUAACAUAAAAUUAAAGACUUUCACUACUCCAUAAUAAUGUUUUUCUACCCACUAGCUACUCUGUAAAAUAAUGCAUUAGAAGUCCCCCUUGUGAAAAUUGUGAAGCGUGUUCUAGUCCUUCUCUUUUUCUUCAUUUUAAACUACUCGUAUAAUGGAGUUUUAAAUAUAGUA